GGAGGGGGGGGAGAGUUGAGAGUUCACCCGCCGCUGUCGCUGCCAGGCCGGACUCAUGAUUCCCAUAUGCCCGGUAGUUUCGUUCACCUAUGUGCCCAGCCGGCUGGGGGAAGAUGCCAAAAUGGCCACCGGCAACUACUUUGGAUUCACCCACAGCGGGGCUGCUGCUCAGUACAGCCAGCAGCCAGCUUCGGGUGUAGCCUACUCCCAUCCAACCACAGUUGCCAGCUACACUGUCCACCAGGCUCCGGUGGCGGCGCACACGGUCACUGCAGCCUAUGCCCCAGCUGCAGCCACGGUGGCGGUGGCCAGGCCUGCCCCAGUGGCCGUGGCAGCUGCUGCCACAGCUGCCGCCUACGGUGGGUAUCCCACAGCACACACAGCUACAGACUAUGGCUACACGCAGCGGCAACAAGAAGCUCCACCACCACCGCCUCCUGUCACCACGCAGAAUUACCAGGAUUCCUACUCUUACGUUCGAUCCACCGCCCCAGCUGUGGCAUAUGACAGCAAACAAUAUUAUCAGCAGCCAACCGCAACCGCAGCAGCCGUGGCUGCUGCUGCCCAGCCACAGCCUUCAGUGGCUGAGUCCUACUACCAGACAGCUCCAAAAGCAGGAUAUAGCCAAGGGGCAACUCAGUACACCCAAGCCCAGCAAACACGGCAAGUGACAGCUAUAAAACCUGCAACCCCAAGUCCAGCAACAACGACAUUUUCCAUAUAUCCAGUGUCCUCGACUGUGCAGCCAGUGGCAGCUGCAGCCACUGUUGUUCCAUCCUAUACUCAGAGUGCGACGUACAGCACAACAGCAGUAACUUACUCUGGUACCUCCUAUUCUGGCUAUGAAGCUGCAGUGUAUUCAGCUGCAUCGUCCUAUUACCAACAGCAGCAGCAGCAGCAACAGAAACAGGCAGCAGCAGCUGCUGCUGCUGCUGCUGCGACAGCUGCUUGGACAGGGACCACCUUUACUAAAAAGGCACCAUUCCAAAAUAAGCAACUGAAACCAAAACAGCCUCCCAAACCACCCCAGAUCCACUACUGUGAUGUUUGCAAGAUCAGCUGUGCUGGACCACAGACUUACAAAGAACACUUAGAAGGCCAGAAGCACAAAAAGAAAGAAGCAGCAUUAAAAGCUUCCCAGAACACCACCAACAACAGUACUUCUGCUCGUGGAACUCAGAAUCAGUUGCGCUGUGAGCUCUGUGAUGUGUCUUGCACUGGGGCAGAUGCUUACGCUGCCCAUAUCCGUGGAGCCAAGCAUCAGAAAGUAGUAAAGUUGCAUACAAAACUCGGCAAGCCCAUUCCUUCAACUGAACCAAAUGUGGUUACCCAAGCUACUUCCUCAACAUCCACAUCUGCUUCCAAACCAACUGCCUCUGCUUCAAAUAUAGCAACUAGCAGCAGUACAGUGAACUCCUCUGUUGCAUCCUCUGCAGUGAAAAUUCUUACUCCCAUGGCAAACACACCACUUAACACUGUGUCCAACAACAAAACAUCUUCAACCGCUGCUAAUAUAGCUGUAAAGAAAAUAUCUACACCGAAAAUAAACUUUGUUGGCAAGUACCGAAGUGGUAAUAAGCUUCAGACAACAGGAAGUAAAAUGGAAGAAAUGAAAUCAACUGAAAGUGUUAAAACGCCUCCUGCUGCUACAGUGCAAACACAGGAAGUAAAACCUGACACAGCAGCUGAACCAGUGACUCCCACAACUCUUGCUGCCUUGCAAAGUGAUGUACAACCAGUGGGCCAUGACUAUGUGGAGGAGGUAAGGAAUGAUGAAGGAAAGGUGAUCCGCUUUCACUGUAAACUCUGUGAAUGCAGUUUUAAUGAUCCUAAUGCCAAGGAGAUGCAUUUGAAAGGGCGGCGGCACAGACUUCAGUACAAGAAAAAAGUAAAUCCAGACUUACAAGUAGAAGUAAAGCCCAGUAUUCGAGCAAGAAAAAUUCAAGAAGAGAAGAUGAGGAAACAGAUGCAGAAAGAAGAAUACUGGAGAAGGCGAGAAGAGGAGGAACGCUGGAGGAUGGAAAUGAGGCGAUAUGAAGAGGACAUGUACUGGAGGAGAAUGGAGGAAGAGCAGCAUCAUUGGGAUGACCGUCGCAGAAUACCAGAUGGAGGAUAUCCUCAUGGCCCUCCAGGACCACUAGGUCUGCUGGGAGUUAGACCUGGAAUGCCUCCUCAACCCCAAGGACCAGCUCCUCUGCGCCGCCCUGACUCCUCUGAUGACCGCUAUGUGAUGACCAAGCAUGCUGCUAUAUAUCCAACUGAGGAGGAGCUUCAGGCAGUCCAAAAAAUUGUUUCUAUUACUGAGCGUGCUUUGAAGCUGGUUUCUGACAGCAUGACUGAUCAUGAAAAAAGCAAGAACAAAGAGGGAGAUGACAAAAAGGAUGGCAGUAAAGACAGAGCUUUGAAAGGCGUUUUACGGGUGGGCGUUUUGGCUAAAGGUUUGCUACUCCGUGGAGACCGAAAUGUUAAUCUUGUUUUGUUGUGUGCUGAGAAGCCCUCCAAGACGUUACUCAGUCGUAUUGCUGAAAGUCUCCCUAAGCAACUUGCAGUAAUAAGUCCAGAGAAAUACGAUAUCAAGUGUGCAGUCCCAGAAGCAGCAAUAAUUUUAAAUUCGUGUGUGGAACCCAAAAUGCAAGUUACAAUCACACUGACAUCUCCAGUCAUUCGGGAAGAGAACAUGAGGGAUGGAGAUGUAACCUCGGGUAUGGUGAAAGACCCACCGGACGUCUUGGACAGGCAAAAAUGCCUUGACGCUCUGGCUGCUCUACGCCACGCUAAGUGGUUCCAGGCUAGAGCUAAUGGUCUGCAGUCCUGUGUGAUUAUCAUACGUAUUCUUCGUGACCUCUGUCAGAGAGUUCCUACUUGGUCUGAUUUUCCAAGCUGGGCUAUGGAGCUGCUUGUGGAAAAAGCAAUUAGCAGCGCAACUGGACCACAGAGUCCUGGAGAUGCACUGAGAAGAGUUUUUGAGUGUAUAUCUUCAGGAAUCAUCCUUAAAGGUGGUCCUGGUCUUCUGGACCCUUGUGAAAAAGAUCCUUUUGAUACACUUGCUGUAAUGACAGAUCAGCAACGAGAGGAUAUUACUUCAAGUGCACAGUUUGCACUGAGACUCCUUGCAUUCCGUCAGAUACACAAAGUUCUAGGAAUGGAUCCGUUACCACAGAUGAAUCAACGCUUCAACAUCCAUAAUAAUCGUAAAAGGAGAAGGGACAGUGAUGGGGUUGAUGGGUUUGAAGCAGAGGGAAAGAAGGACAAAAAAGAUUAUGAUAACUUUUAAAAAUGUCGUCAUUGCUAAUAUUGAUGGUAGUGAAAAGUCCAUUUGUUGCCUUGCUUUUACUUCAUUCAUAAUGAUGUCUGUUUAAA